CUUAUAUCCAUCGUUUGACAGUUGUUCUCCGGCUUCGUCUGUCUUAAAAAGGUUUCAAAAGUUGUUUGUCAUUUCGGAAAGAAAUUUGUUAGUUUGUUAGCUGCUGUAUAACAUUUUCAAUUAUUAAUUCUAACAGAAUUUUUAUAGUUAUUUUAAGAUGUUUCUCACGAGAUCCGAAUAUGAUAGAGGCGUAAAUACUUUUUCGCCCGAAGGCCGUCUGUUCCAGGUGGAAUACGCUAUUGAAGCAAUUAAGCUAGGCUCAACGGCCAUCGGUAUUUGUACACAAGAAGGUGUUGUGAUGGCUGUAGAGAAACGAAUCACUUCUCCAUUGAUGGAACCAACCAAGGUGGAGAAAAUCGUCGAGGUUGAUCGACAUAUUGGUUGUGCUACUUCCGGUCUCAUGGCAGACUCCCGAACUUUACUGGACCGCGCACGAGUCGAGUGCCAGAAUCAUUGGUUCGUGUACAACGAACGUAUGUCUGUUGAGUCCUGUGCUCAGGCCGUGUCCAGUUUAGCGAUUCAGUUUGGCGAUAGUGACGAUACGGGAUCGGCCAUGAGCCGUCCGUUUGGUGUAGCGAUUUUGUUUGCCGGGAUUGAAAACGGUGAACCUCAAUUAUGGCACAUGGACCCCUCGGGAACGUAUAUUCGGUAUGAUGCUAAAGCCAUCGGAUCAGGUAGCGAAGGAGCGCAGCAGAAUCUACAAGAAUAUUACCUCCCAUCGAUGACUAUCAAAGAAGCGAUUAAUCUUGCUUUAAGUACACUAAAACAAGUAAUGGAAGAGAAACUGAAUUCUACCAACGUGGAAGUGAUGACGAUGACUGCUGGCGAAAUGUUCCGGAUGUUCGUGAAGGAAGAAGUUGAAGAAUACAUCAAUAAUAUGAGCUAAAUUCAUUCUACUCAAAUAUAUCAUUAUUCCUUGCUGA